UAUGCCGCCAUCCGCCGACAUGGUACAGGUGCGAGCUAAUGUCAACGCUCCAGCUACGUGGGCAGCUCUACGACCCAAAGCAAAUAGGUACGGCACUCCGUCCUGCACCCACGCUACUGCACGCCGCCUGCGAUCUAAUGUGGUGACGGGCAGGAAGUUGCCGGCGACACAUCGGAUCUGACAGGAGCUGGCCGCCAUGAGAGUCGAUAUCGAGCAGCGAGCGAUAUGGGCGUGCGGCGAGUCUGUCUGGGUGACACCCGUUUCGAUUUGCGUGUCAAAUGCUCAGCAUCAUUUGGCUUGCCAGACAUCCACCCUAUACCAUGGCUUUGAGAGGUUGCGCAGGCGGACGGAGUAAGCUUGUUCCGCUGGAGCUCAAGUCUGUUUCCCCGUCAUGAUCACUUCCGGUACCCCUGCUUUCACCUACCUGUUACCAGUCCCAGCCGAAACCCAGAUUUCGAGGCAAUGCAAGAACAUUCAACCGAGUAGAUGACGACCUUGUGCGCAAUCACAGGCAGCCCGGACCUCUACGGACUCGGCAUCCGUGUUUCGUUCUACCUCCUCUGGUUCUUCGUCCUCAUCGGCGAGCGCUGCCACGAACGCCAUGCCCAGGUGCCCCGGGCCGUGGAGCUGGUUCUGGCCUAUGCCGUCUUCCUCGGCCUGGCAAUGGCGGCUUCGGCUGGAACUCUCUUUGCGGCCGAGGUCUAUGUCGCCCUGCUUCUCAUCUCGACAACCGUGUACCUCCUCGUUCCCCGCCAUACCACCGACUUGGUGGCCUGGAUCCGUCCCGACCUUGGGCUGGGCACACAGCGUGGUAGAUUCGGCUUCGGCGGGUUCGCCCGGUCCUUGUUUGUUCUGAUAGUCAUCAGUCUGCACCUUUGGUUCUGGGGCACAGGGGUCGACUCGGUGGACAUCGACCGAGCCCUGAGGGAGCAGGGCGGGUGCUGUCCCUGUCAGCCGCCGCUGCAGUUGGGCUUCGCUUUUGGGCCGGUCGAAAUGCACAGCGGUGGAUUCAGGGCUAUGAAUGUCCUGCUAAUGCUCGCCCUUCUUAGCGGAGGCGUAAUUAUUGGCGCGAUGAAGGCAGGAGUCAUCAGGAAGAAGAAGUCGAGGCGUCGGAGGAGAGCCAACCGUACUCGAAUCCGCGUGUUAAAAGAAUUCGAAACCUUUGGCGGCCUAACAGUUGCGUGUAUUCUCAUCGCCGCCAUUGAGUUGACGAUUCAAUGGAACAGUAUCUCAGCCGGUGUCAAUCACAUCACAACUGCCACGCAGUUGAUACCGCUCGGUAUUGUCAUCGCACUAAUCCUGGUGUUCCUAUACGAUUUGAGGAACGGUGCCCCUGGAUGGGAGAGCAUCAGUGGUAUCAGCAGCGGGGGGAAUACCAGCAACAGUAGCCGCGGCGGCAGCGGCAGUAUAGGUGGAAGCGCGUCUGAUCGGUCGUCGGCUUCGAGUGGCUGGAGAGAAUAUGUAAGAUAUCCAAGGUCAGUUGAUACCAGCAUAUAAGCGAGUGACUGAGAAGAGAUACUGAUAAA